AUGGCAGGUAAAUCCGAUAAAAAAACGGCGGCGGCUAAUUCUGCUGUCCUAACAGCUUUAUACAAGUACAGCAUGCCUGUACUAGCGUUAACGGCUAUCAGAUCUCUUAUCAUCUCUAAAGACUCAGUGCUAUGGUACUUGGUGCUACACCUACCUGCAUUUUUGUGUAUAUAUGUGCUAGAAAAGACUGGCAGGCCCAAGUAUGAUGAGCGGGGCAAGGUAACUAAGGUGGGCAUUGAGCUCAGCCAGUCUGGGGGUCUUACGGGAGUUAUGUUUGACAUGAUAUAUACAGCCUUGUUCUGUGAUCUGAUGAAGUUGCUUUUCAACACGAAUGGCUUUUGGUAUGUAAUGUUUAUAUGGCCAUUCUACUGGGCCUACCAACUAUACUUCUUGAAGAAGUCUAUUGGAAAGACCCUAGGUGGUAAAUAA